UGGAGUGGAGACAGCGUGAAGAGGCCGAGUGUGACAGCAACGGAUGAGAGGAGGAGGAGGAAGAGGUGGGACGAGGAAGAGAGGGGGACGGACCAAGCGGGAGCGAGGGGAGGGUGCAUCAGAAAAGUAGAGAAGAGGGAGCAGAAAGAGGGAAACUGAAGGAGUCAGGAGAAGGAAGCACAAGCAAAAAAAAAAAAAAAAAAAAGAAGACAGCUCAGCAAAUGAUCCUGGUAACAUUCCUCCCACAGCUGCACUGAUCCAAGACCUGGGUGGAGAAGGGAAGCUCACCAGGGAGAAAAUAUAUUGUGGCUUCAUCUUUUUUUUUUUUUUUUGUGGGGAGCGAAAUCACAAGGCUCCCUGAAGAGGAAAGGAGAAUAAGAGAGCAAAAAGAGAAGAGGGAUCAGAGAGCUUCUGCAGCCUUCUUGCGUCCUGCAGGAGAACAUGGACUCUGACUCCGGAGAGCAGAGUGAUGGGGACCUCUCUCCAGGGCAAGAGAGCUUCAACUCCCGCUCCUUGGCCCUGCAGGCCCAGAAGAAGAUCCUAAGCAAAAUGGCGACCAUGGUGGUGGCCAACAUGCUGACGGACGACACCAGCAGCGAGAUCUUGGACGAGCUCUACAAGACAAGUCGCGAGUUCACCAAGAGCAAGAAGGAGGCCCAUAAGAUCAUCAAGGACGUCAUCAAGAUCGCCCUGAAGAUUGGCAUCCUGUACCGCAACCACCAGUUCAGCCCCGAUGAGCUGGACACGGUGGAGCGCUUCAAGAAGAAGAUGAACCAGGCGGCCAUGACGGCGGUGUCCUUCUACGAAGUCGAGUACACCUUUGACAGGAAUAUUCUGUCAGAGUUGCUGCUGGAGUGCCGGGACCUUCUUCACUCCGUGGUUGAGCAGCACCUGACCACGCGCUCACACGCUCGCAUCGACCACGUUUUCAACCAUUUCGCCCACGGGGAGUUCCUGGCCGAGCUGUAUGGGGACGGAGACGAGUACAGACUCUCUCUGAGGAAGAUCUGCAAUGGCAUCAACAAACUGUUAGACGAGGGAACGCUUUAACCAUUCACCUUUGACCUCUCUUGCCCCACCUCUCUUGCUCUCUACUGCCUCCUUCUCACCCUCCCCUGACUUCUUUUCUCUGUCAACUCCCUGUUUCCUUCAUCUGUCGCCAUGGAGCUAGUUGUAACAUCCUGCAUUUGAGGCCAUGUUUGAUGAGGACAUUAUCUCCACUGCAGUGCAGCACACAUGGACCGUGUGUAUCACGUAUGCAUUCCCAUUUGGGUGCAAAUGCACCAAUAGCCAAAAACCACAUGCAUUUGGCAUAUUUGGAUGAUAAAAGUGAUCCGUUUUUUCUUUGUGUGCAUGUGCAUGUGCGCGUAUGUGUUUGUGUGUGUGUGUGUGUGCACAUGUGUUUGUAUGGGACCGGCACGAAUCAUAUGUACAUAAGACCAAUGACAUGUUGUGUUUUUGUCCAGAGUGUAUCACUUGUCUUUCAAUAAAAAAAAAUGU